CCUCCAACUCGUAUCGUAAUUUCGUCCAACUGUCGACGUCCCGAGCCCCGAGAUGAUAACGGAAUUACGGAACCCACGGCCCACGGAGGUGAAUCGUGAUUCGUGAUAACGUGAAUGGUAAAAACACUAAAAAUUAUGUUCUAAAAGUCUAUUACGCUUAUUUAAUAUUUAGUCUAUUAGGUAGUUCUAUUUAUUUUGUUGUAUAACACCGAUUUUACAUUUAUCAUUACCUACCGAUUAAUAUUGAUCGUGUGAACAAAGUCAACGGUUAGUCUGAUAUCGUGCUGUGUUGUACUAACUCACUGCUGCCGUCUGUGGGAAUCACCUUCUGCAGCAGAAACACACAGGCCACUGCGCAUUUUGUAGUUUUUUUUUUCCGACCAAAUACGAUACAGCAAUGGGCGAAAAGCGUAGUGUCAUGUUCGUGUGUUUGGGUAACAUUUGUCGAUCUCCGAUGGCUGAGGCUGUGUUUAACGAGGUGGUUACGCAAAGAGGUCUAGCAGACAAGUGGUACGCUGAAAGUUCCGGUACAGGGGGAUGGCACGUAGGCUGUUCACCAGACCCACGGACAAUGACCGUACUGAGAGACAACGGUAUAAAAUACAAGCAUUCAGCACAACAGUUCAACUCGGAAGACUUGAAUAAGUUUGAUUUUGUUUUUGGAAUGGAUAAGAGUAAUGUGGACUCUAUCAAUCGUAAGAAACCAUCGGGCAAAACAAAAGCAAAAAUAUUUAUGUUAGGGUCAUUUGAUCCAGAAGCAAGAACCUCCGGAAAAACUAAUAUAGAAGAUCCAUAUUAUGAUACUGAUCUUCGAGGAUUUGAAAAAUGUUUUCAACAAUGUAUGAGGUCUUGUCAAGCAUUUCUGGACAAACAUAAUUAAAUUAUUUUUUUAUAUCUUUUAUUAAAUAAUAACAAUAAUUAUUAUAAUUGAUAAUAAAUAGGUAUUGAAAUAAAA